AUGGCUGAAAAACCGUGCAUCGUGACGUCAGACUCUUACAAUGAGAUCCUCCCAGCCCUAAUCGAAACUGAACGUCAAGUAAAGGAACUAAAAGAAGAGGUCAAUCAACUCCGCCUCAAACUAGAACAGGAAAGAGAAGAAUUCAGAAAAGUGAAACUCGAUCUUGAGCGUGAAGAAGAUACCGCUCGGCUUUACCAGCAGAGAAAUAAAGCCCUGGAACAAGAGCUCGAGCAACUGAAAAUAGAGAACCGCAAGUUCAAGAAAAAUGAGAUAUUUGUGGAAGCAAGGAGACAAGCAGACCUGGAAUAUAAGGUACAAGUUGAAGGUCUCAAGCAACAGCUGGAGCAGGAGCGGGCAGAAAACGACAGGUGGCGUAAUAAUAGUGCUUACGUCGCUGUCUUAAUUGAUGGCGAUUGUACAGACUACUACACGAGGACUAGCAUCUUUGACGGCGAGAGUGGCGGCAAGGAGAUGGCUUCAAAGCUGUUGAACCUCAUUCGUUCGCAACACUACCUAAAGCAGUUUGACGUUGUUGCUACAAUCUACGCCAACCUUACUGAUCUCUGCCGUCUCAAGCCAAAGGCUGAGUUUAGCAAGGACUACGGAACUUCUAAACUCCAGUUUCGAGAGUUUGCUCAGGGCUUUACUGGGGCAAAGGCUACAUUCGACUUUGUUGAUGUCGGGCCCGGUAAGGAACGGGCAGAUAGCAAGAUUCGAGAGAUGGCCCGUUGGCACCUCCGCAACCCCAACUGCAAACACGUUUACCUGGGCAUCUGCCACGACUCCGGUUAUGCUUCUUUCUUGGGACUCUUCAAACAGGAUGACACCUGGCGCGAGCGCGUCACACUAUUAUCCUCAGGCUUCGUUCACAGUGCCAUCGAAGCCACCGGCCUCGACCGCAUUGAUCUCCAGCUUCCAGACAGGCUGCCCUCCUCAGAAUUGACCACCAUAACCACUCUACAUCGGAGUUCAAGCCACCCUUUGCUGGAUUCCCUUUCCUGA